AUGCCCACGGUUCUCAUCACAGGCGCCUCUGAAGGCAUGGGACUCUCCGUCGCCAAACAGCUCGCCGCCAAGGGCGCCAACAUCAUCAUCGUAUCCCGAAGCGCCGCAAAGCUCGAAGAAGCUCUUGUAGCCGUCAAGGCCUCAGCGAAGAACCCCAACCAACGCUUCCACCACAUCCCCGCCGACGUAUCCUCUCCCUCCUACGCGCCACCCCUCAUCGCCGCCGCAACAAAAUGGAACAACAACCAGAGCCCUGAUAUCGUCUGGUGCGUUGCCGGGACAUCCGUCCCCCAGCUCUUUACAGACAUGGAGAUGGACUCGCUCCGACACCAAAUGGACGUCAACUUCUAUGGAAAUGCCGAAAUGUCCCACGCGAUUCUUAGAGAUUGGCUCGCCCCGUCUGCUCCCGUCACCGCCGAGCCGAAACACCUCAUCAUGACUUCCUCUGUGGUGGCACUCUACAGCAUCCCCGGUUAUGCGUCGUACGCACCAUCUAAGUGGGCGCUGAGGGGUCUGGCGGACACCCUCUCGCAAGAAGUCAUGAUGUAUCCUCAAAAUGUCAAGAUUCACGUCGUCUACCCCGGCACUAUCCUAUCGCCUGGCUUGGAGCGCGAGAACCUGGUCAAGCCGGAAAUUACCAAGAUUAUAGAGGAGUCGGAUCCGAAACAGACGCCCGAUGAGGUUGCUGCGGCAUCGAUCAAGGGUUUGGAGAAUGGAGACUAUUUUGUUACAGUAAAUUGGCUGGGGAAUUUGAUGAGACUAGGUAUGAUAGGUGGUUCGUUCAGGAACAACUGGGUUGUUGAUACCAUUGGGUCAUGGCUGGUUUCAAUUAUCUGGAUAUUCGUGCAAUUUGACAUCCAUGGGAAGAUUAAGGCGUAUGGGAAGAAGCAUGGCCAUCCUAGCACGUAUAGCAAGCCAAGUUGA